AUUACUUCAGGAAUAGAUUAUGGCCAUAAGACGUUGUCGCUGUAUAACAGGAAAAUCAAAAUAGCUGUGUGGGAUACUGCUGGCCAAGAAGCGUUUAAGUCCAUAGCCAGAUCAUAUUAUUCGGGCGCUGCGGCUUGUAUAUUAGUGUACAAUAUCACUAAACGCUAUUCGUUUCAACACGUCAGUGAAUGGUUAAGAGAAGCUCGACUUAACUCUGGUACCAGAAUGAUGUUCGCGUUAGUGGGCAACAAAACUGAUUUAGAAAAUAACAGAGAAGUAGAACGAGUUGAAGGUGAACACUUUUCUCACAAAAAUGGCUUAUUAUUUUUCGAAACUUCUGCCAAAACAGCAAGUAACGUAUCAGACGUUUUUGAGGAGUUAGCAAAACAUUUAUACAAAAAAGUCAUGAGCGGUGAAAUUGAUGUCAAUAGACCGAUAUCAGGAGUUAGACUUGGCCGCAAACGCAGCAAAUCAGAAAUAGUGAAAAACCAUGCAAGUGAUUGUUGUACGUUUACAUAAAAUACAAAUAGGUACACAGUACUAUACUAAAACUUUAGAUAGUAUUAAUUGUCAAAUUAUAUUUUAACAUUUUGUAACAUAAUAUUCUUGAUUUUUAAUUUUCAAUUACUACCUAUUUACUUCACCUAACGUUGUUAUUUAUUAUUUUUUUUUAUUAUUUUCUGUUAUUAGAACUAUAGAUUUUUUUCAGACGUUCUUAGCUAUAUUACUAAACAUACAUAUUAGAUAUCAUAACAAUAAAACAUUGACAAUUUGUACGUAAUAAUUCAACCUCAUAACUACUCCACUAAUGGAGAUAUAUUUAUUUUGUUUACCUCACUCGGAAGUUCAAUUUAUAUUAUGUCUCUUGGAAGUAAAUCUUUUCAUACCGAAAAAUGAUUUUCUUUUCAUAAUAUUUAU